AUGACAUCUGUAGCACCUGAUCAGUUGAAAUCCGGGCUCCCAGUACCCAACUCGACCCAUUCGUUCUGGCAUAGCGAGCCGAACGAGUUCCUGCUGGGCCACCAUACCACGCCCGAAUUGCCCUCGGACGCUGACGUGGUGAUCGUUGGUAGCGGCAUCACAGGAUCGUCUGCCGCACGUUUCCUCGCUGAGGACCCACGGUUCAAUGGCAAGAACAUCGUGAUGCUCGAGGCGAGAGAGGCGUGCUGGGGAGCAACGGGACGAAACGGAGGUCAUUGCCAGGUCCUCCCUGUCGCCCGCGGCGCGGAGGUCGCCCAGUUCGAGCUGCUGAACUACAACACGGUCAAGGAGUACGUAGCGCAGAACGAGGUUCCGUGCGAGUGGCGCAGCCUGACAGCCUGCCGCGCGUUCUUCUCCGAGGCCAUGUUCAAAGACGAGCUGAACAAGGUCGCCGCGCUGAAGGCGGCCGACCCCGAGAUGGGAAAGCUCAUCGAGGUCGUCACCGACAAGGCCGAGCUCGCCAAAUACCGCGUCAGCACGGCGGUCGGGUGCACACUGUGUCCCGCCGCGGCGAGCCUCUGGCCAUACAAGCUCGUCGCCUUCGUGCUCGAGAAGCUUGUCAAAGCCGGGCAGCUGAACCUGCAAACCAACACGCCCGUCGAGCGCCUCGAGCCGGGCGACGGCACACGCCCACACGUCUUGCACACCCCGCGCGGCGCGAUCCGCACGCGCACCGUCCUCCUCUGCACGAACGGCUAUACGUCGCACCUCCUCCCCGCCUUUGCGGACCUCAUCGUCCCCGUCCGCGGCGAGAUGUCCUCGCUGCGCCCGCCCGCGGGGGCGCCCCGCCUAGCCAACUCGUACGGCCUCGAGGGCCAGCCGGGCCAGUCCGGCCACCUCUCAGACUACCUCAACCAGCGCCCGUAUGAGGGCGUGCCGAACCCCGCAGGCCACUACAUGUAUGGCGGCGGCGAUGCGGGCGCAGACUUCCCUCGCGUGGGCGUGUGGGACGAUAGCGUCGUGGAUGAGGGCAUGGCGGCGCGGCUCCGUAGUACGCUCCUCCGGAGGAUGGAGCUUGGAGGGGAGAUGGAGGGCUUGGAGGAGCUGGAGGCGACACAUCAGUGGACGGGGAUCAUGGGCUACUCGAGGGAUAACAUGCCCUGGAUCGGCGAGGUACCAGACACGAAGGGCGUGUGGCUCGCUGCUGGUUUCACAGGGCACGGCAUGCCGAAUGGCACACUGUGCGGCAAGGCAGUCGUCUCGAUGAUGCUAGACGAAGAGGAAAAGGUCGGCGCAUUGAAGACGUACACGAAUGUCGUCGAAAAAACUGGGUUGCCCACAGGCUACUUCAUUACCGAGGCUCGGAUUGAGAAGGCGAGAAAGCUGCCUCCCGUGGCGAAGGCAGACGCCGAGGGAACGUUUGGAGCCCAUACCGAGCGCCCCUCUGAGGGAGGGAUCUUGACGUAUCUGAAGUCAAUGAUCUGGCCGUCGAGUGCAUGAACGGAAGUUUUACCACCAAAGGCACUGAUGAUUUGCGAGCUAGGAUCGUAGGUUGGAUUGCAUAGAAUAUCCAGCGAAAUUAAUCAUCAUGAACGCAGUCAACACCAUCGCAUCGAAGCACAUCCUAGAGCGUCCCCAGAUAUCCAUCAUACGGUAUCUACGUAACGGCGCCCGAACAAUACGCACCUUGGGUGCAACUGUGAGGACCAGCGGACCGUAAUAGUAGAUCUCGCCGGCAUCUUGCAGGUCGACGGCGUCGUUGUACAGCGCGGAGACGUCCCCUAUGAAUUCAUCCGAGUCCAUUUUGGUCGUGCUACGUUGCUAACCGUCGGAUUCGAGUUCGUGGGCGCGGUGGAGGGCGACG